CAACCAUAUACUACCUUUUUUAACAUGUGUUCAAAAAUAAAUAAAUAAAUAAACACAAAAUUUAUUGAAAAAUUUUCACAAUUUUUUAUUUUUUUUGUUUAUUUAUAAAAAAAUAACAAAAAUGAACUCCAACGAAGUUGUACCUUGUGGAAAAAUGAAAUUUUUUAAUAUCUGGAAAUUUUCUAAUUGUUGGCUACUGACCUGGAAGCUAAUGGACGAAUUGGACCAAAUCUCUCCUGGAUCAGCGUUUUUCUCUUUUCGUUUAAGGGUACACUAUGGACAAAAUUUUACAAAUUUUGUCAAGGCUACUGACCUGAAGCUAAUGGACGAAUUGGACCAAAUCUCUCCUGGAUCAGCGUUUUUCUCUUUUCGUUUAAGGGUACACUAUGGACAAAAUUUUACAAAUUUUGUCAAGGCUACUGACCUGAAGCUAAUGGACGAAUUGGACCAAAUCUCUCCUGGAUCAGCGUUUUUCUCUUUUCGUUUAAGGGUACACUACGGACAAAAUUUUACAAAUUUUGUCAAGGCUACUGACCUGAAGCUAAUGGACGAAUUGGACCAAACUUGCAAACUUACACAAUAAUCCAAUUGGUAAAGAUGAUAUUAUCAAAUGGGAAUUAAAGACGGAAAGGCAAAUUUUCAAUUUACAUUUUGGACAUUCAUUUUUCCCAUUGAAAUUGUAAAAUGAAAAUUCACUUUCCGGCUUUACUGGACACUUAAAAAUUCAAACUCCUACCUUGUCGGAUCCUUCGGAAAGAAAGCGGUGAAGAUUCUCCCCUCCUGGACAAUCCUUAACACAUUUGCGGCUCCUGAAAAAUAAAGAGAAUAUUAGAAAAAAAUAAAUUUAAAAAUUUCCAAAUGAAA